AGAACUAGCAACUACAGAGAGGCUUCACUCCUCCUGCCUUGGGACAGGGAAUGGAUUCCACUUCUCUGCCUGCACCUGGGCACUUCACCAGUGCUCAACCGAGAUGGUGCCUGAGAGAAUGCUGGAGUGUUUUUGCCUUUCCACCAUGAGCAGCAGCAACAUUUCAGCAAGCACCUCCUGGCAGAGAAGCUUGCCAGAGUAAAGUUUUACAAGCACAGUCUCCUUUCCACAGCAAUUUUUCAAGUCUUUGGAGAGCAAUACAUGGGCCUGCUGGCUUUUGGACAGGUGUAUCAGCAAGAAGGGCUGCAAGGAAAAAUCUCUGCUGAAUCACCUAUGCUGCUUUCCUCCAUUGGGAUCAAGGGAUUGUGGAUGAGGAGCUACAGCUGUCUCCCACCCUUCCUUCCUCUGCCCUAGAAUGGAUUCAUGGAGUGCUGAAAAAUGUGACAAAGUGAAUACAGCUGCAGGAGAGAGAGACAUAACACCACCUUCCAAUAACCAAAGCAUAAAACCAGAGAUACAAGACCAGUCCGUCUGGGGAAAUCGCACUGAUGGUGACCUCAUCAGAACACAACCUCAAUGCUUGCCUCAGCCAAAUACUUCAGCAUUGGAAAAGAGCGAGGAAGAAACUGGCAAGAUACAGAAUGGCCAUGCAGGUCUGAGUAAUGGAAAUGGAAUUCACAAUGGGGUCAAACAUGUAGCUACAGAUAAUAGAAAAUGUUCAGUUCCUGUUUCACAAAAAAUGCACAGAAAAAUUCAGUCCAGCUUGUCCGUCAACAGUGAUAGCAGCAAGAAGAGUAAAAUAAGCUCUGCAUAUUCUCAAAAACCAGGUUCUUCUCCUGAAGAUUGCUGUGUUCACUGUAUCCUGGCUUGCUUGUUUUGUGAGUUUCUCACCCUCUGUAAUAUUGUUCUGGGUCAAGCUUCCUGCGGCAUCUGUACAUCGGAGACCUGCUGUUGUUGCUGUGGGGAUGAAAUGGGGGAUGACUGUAACUGCCCAUGUGACAUGGAUUGUGGCAUAAUGGACACUUGUUGCGAAUCAUCAGACUGCUUGGAAAUCUGUAUGGAAUGCUGUGGGAUUUGUUUCCCAACAUGAAAUAUUUGUAUCUUUUUUUAUUCUGUUUAAAAACUGGAGAGCUUUUUAAAAUACUUUUGAAGAUAAAUAAGGUAAGAGUCUCACACAGCAACCUAGUAUUUGCACUGUUAACUUGCUAUGUUUAAAGAAUCUUUAGAGAAAACAAAAAACCUGUACUCUAACAAAUGUUUUAUGGUUUAGUAUGUGAAAUUCUAGUUACUUUCCAACUCUCUUUUGGCUUUGCAAAUGGGACAGUUGGCUGCAAUCAACUUAAAAGCCUGAUACAACAGGCCUUUCUUGGUUAAAAUAGCAAAGUUUUUGGCCAGAGAAAAGACUGCAAAGUAGCCUAAAUAUUUCCCCCUCACCUACUUUAAUGCUUAAAUGCUUGAAUAGUCUUCCAUACCUAACACACUUUUGCAGGAGGUCUUGAAAGCAAAAUGUCUUUAUUUCAACCUUUUAUGGUUUGAAGUAACCUUGGCCUAUUAUAUUUUAAAGUGAAUUUAAAAUAUGCAGUGGGAAUCUACAAUUGGUCUUGGUGCAGUGGUCACAUUGAAAUGUUCUUCUCUUUUGAAAUAUUCCAUUGGUUUGAGAGAGAUUCCCUGUGCUUAUAAGGGUGAAUACUGGUAAUAGGUGAAAUUCCAGGCAUAUUAAGUCAAUGAGAGUUUUGUAAUUGACUUUAAAAGGGUCAGGAUUUCACCCACUGUCUUCCAAACCAGAAGAAACUUUUUAUAUGGGACCUGUAUUUCCCUUCAGUAUUAAUGUUACUUGAAAUGAUCAAUUUUAGAACAAGGUUUUGAAAGCCUAGGUAACAUACCAUUUCUCAGUUGGACUAGAUAGUCAAAAUCACUCUAGUUAUUUAAAGGAAUAUCAUCAAAAAUAACUUCAGAUUCUAAACCUACCAGUUUUUGUGGCUUUACAACCACAUUUUCUAAUUUAAUUUUCUCCCCCUUCCCCUCCCACCCCCUUCCUCUGCUGUAGGAAAGAUCCACACAAAUAGGGGAAAUGGGCAGUCAGAGAAAAUAGUGAAACCAACUAGACGGGAAGCACUAUCACGUGCAGAAAGUAAACUUAUGAAAUAUCUUAUUCUCAAAUAUUGGUUCUUUUAAAUGUUACUUAUAAACAGUAUAUAAAGAAUUUUCAAAUAGUUAGUUUUAAGCUGACUGUGUCUCUUUAAAACCGAAGGAACUAUAGUAAUGUCUUUUAAAAACACAUAGGAUUCAAUGGGCCAAAUUUUUCUCUUAAUUACACCAUGUAAAUCUAGAUUUUCUCAGUAUAAUUGAGAACAGAUUCUGGCCCAAUUUAGCUGGUGAUUACACAAUUUCCAGAUGUUGGGAAAUAAUGGUGCCCAUUUACCUUAGCAUCUGCUAGUUUCUCCCCUCAAUACCUCUGCCUCAUUUGUUCUGUUAUGUAAACUACCUGUACGUCUUGAUCUCACAUGUUUAACUUUGCUAUCUAGACUCCAUAUUUCCUGUUUGUAGUUUGUUGGUCCUAGGGUACGUCUACACUACGGGAUUAUUCCGAAUUUACAUAAACCGGUUUAACAAAACAGAUUGUAUAAAAUCGAGUGUGCGCAGCCACACUAAACACAUUAAAUCGGUGGUGUGU